GUUCAACUCGGAACGAGACGGGAGCCGAACUCUUGAUUCCAAGCAGCAGUUCUUAAACGUUCUAGGUCUACGUAAUCGGAGGGUAUUCAGUUUUACAAUUUUUAUCUACAAAAAUUAGAAAAAAGGAGAGCAACUUUGCAAUGCUUUUAACGAAGUCUCUGCUCCCACUUCUUUUUUACAUUGGGAUCGUUUUAAGUAGUGAAGAAGUUUUCCGAUCCCGGUUCGAGCCAGAGUCCGAUAACACUCCCGCAAAUUGCGACGGCCAAAACGGAGCACCCCGGAUCACGCCCUGCAAUAGCUCUAUAAUUCUUGAAAUCAAGACGAAUUUCACGCUGGAAUGCGAGUCCGAUGAGCCGGUGAUUUGGUGGACUGAAUACGAUUUAGGACAAUUGACUACGUCAAACACGUACAACAAAACACAGGAUAGAAAUACAAUUUACGGCAACAGUCUUCAACUGAUCGAUAUCAGUACUGAUCAUGUAGCAGCCUACUAUUGCAUCAAAGAUUCGAAACUGAGAAAUCUCACUGAAGAGUCGAAAGACUCAGAACAGUCGAUGGUUGAGCUAGUGGACCAGGCGCAGACCUCAUCCAUUUACGUUUACGUAAACGAUCCGGAUAGCAAGGUGGUCGGCUCCGAUACUAUUUUAAUAGCUAAACCGUACACCGACCUAGUCAUUCCUUGCAAGCCUUCAACGCCAGACACAGAGUUGGUGCUGAAGUCACUGGACUCUACCUGGAAUAUCAGUUCAAAGGGUCAAAUAGAAGGCAACCCCAAGUUUUUCGAGAACAUGAGGUACCACCCGAGGCGAGGAUUCACCUUUCGUGUCAUUAAAUUCGUAUCCGGUGGUAUAGCCUGCAAUGAUCAUAUCUUUGACAUUUCCUACAAGAAGGAUAAAAAAAGCUACCUCAACGUGAGCGUCCCUACGAACACCUAUUUUGUACGGGAGUCUGUGAACGGCACGAUCAAGAUAUUGGUCAACUUUGUGGGCUAUCCGGUGCCCGAAUUUAAGUGGUUUGCGCCGAGUGGAAAGAUUAAACAGAAGACCAACAAAUUCGAGGUCCUGGUCACUGAGUCGAGCAUAACGCUGAAGGUGUUCAAUGCCCAGCCGGAAGACAGUGGUCACUACAUACUCGAGGGCAACAAUUUCUUCAAUACAGUCAUACGGGUGUUUAUUGUUAAUGUGACCAAAGACUUAUGCAAAAAUUAUUAUCAAUAAAACACCUUUUUCAA